AUGGGUGAAACCUUGUUUCGUUACAAGACAGUCAAAACUAUUCCGCUGACUUCUUCUGGAAAUUUUGUUGUCGAGGUGCCUGUUCCUGAAAAAGUCAUGAAUGCAAGCAGGCAUUCUGGUCGUGAAUUCUCUCAUCUCAGAUACACCGCUGUUGUUGGAGAUCCAAAUGAGUUUUAUGAGCGUGGCUAUUAUCUUCGUCAAGCAGAAGAUGAUCGUGCUACAGAAAUAUUUAUUGUCGUGACAAUGUACAAUGAAGACGAAAGACUUUUUCUCAACACAUGGAAGAGUCUUUGUCGAAAUAUUAAUCAUCUUUGUCGCAAAACUAAUUCUACUGUCUGGGGAGUAGAUGGAUGGAAAAAAGUUGUAAUUUGCAUCGUGUCUGAUGGUCGUUCCAAAAUCCAUCAAAAAACGUUGGCUACACUUGGAGUGCUUGGAGUAUACCAAGAAGGACUGAUUAAAACAUCAAUUAAUGAUCAAGAGGUUUCAGCGCAUGUUUUCGAAUAUACCUCGUGUGUUGCUUUUGAUAGUCAGAUGAAUAUCAAAAAGCACAAUGCAUCCAACGUUCCUAUUCAAGUUCUUUUUUGUCUUAAAGAAAAAAAUGCAAAAAAGAUUAAUAGCCACCGCUGGUUUUUUAAUGCAUUUGGAAAAAUACUCAAUCCAAAUAUCUGCGUUCUUAUUGAUGUUGGCACCAAGCCAACGGAUAAAUCUAUUUAUUAUUUAUGGCGAGAAUUUGAUCUUAAUCCCAACGUUGCUGGAGCAUGUGGAGAGAUUUAUGCCGAACAAGGCGUUUGCUCUUCUAAACUAUUUAAUCCGCUUGUUGCGGCACAAAAUUUUGAGUACAAGAUGAGCAAUAUCCUAGAUAAACCGCUCGAAUCUGUGUUUGGGUUCAUUAGUGUGCUACCUGGCGCCUUUUCUGCCUACCGUUAUCGAGCUUUACAAAAUCGUGGUGAUGGUGUUGGACCAUUAGAAAAAUAUUUCAUUGGUGAGAAAAUGCAUGGUGGUCCGAAUCUCACAAUGGCAAACAUGUAUCUUGCCGAGGAUCGUAUCCUGUGUUUUGAACUAGUCACUAAGCGUGACGAAGCAUGGAUUUUAAGAUAUGUCAAGUGCGCCAAGGCCGAAACUGAUGUCCCUGAUUCUGUUCCCGAGUAUAUUUCGCAGCGUCGUCGGUGGUUGAAUGGAUCGUUUUUUGCUGGCUUGCAUGCCAUCAUCCAUUUUUAUCAAGUUUUUCGAUCUGGUCAUUCAUUUGGACGAAAAUUGGUUCUCCUACUCCAGACUUUAUAUAAUGUGGUGAAUUUAGUUUUUAGCUGGUUUUCCCUGUCCAAUUUUUUCUUGACCUUUUGUAAGUAUAUUAUACAAUCAAUCUUACAUGGUGUGAAGCAUUGUUUUUUGGAAACCGAUCCAUUUUUUGGGUUUGGCGUAGGAAUGUUUAUUACUCUCAGACAGCUUUACCUGUUUGCACUUGUGAUGAUAUUUAUUGCAUCGCUUGGAAACAGGCCACAAGGGUUUCGCAUUCUUUAUAUUGGAUGCUUUGCAUUGUUUGCUCUCAUUAUGGCAACACUACUAUAUAUGUCGGCAAUUGCUCGCGCGACGGUUGCCGAUCAAAACGGGACUAGAGCUACCAGUGUGCUCAAUCUUGCAAACUUGUUGCUUGAGCGUGCAUUCCGCGAUCUCGUUCUUUCACUGCUUACCACUUACGGCGUAUACAUUAUUGCGUCCAUUGUAUAUCUUGACCCUUGGCACAUGUUGACAUGCUUUAUUCAGUAUUUAUUGCUUUUGCCAUCAUUUGUAAAUAUUCUCAUGGUAUAUGCAUUUUGUAAUUUGCAUGAUGUGUCGUGGGGAACCAAGGGUGAUAAUAAGCCAACUGAACCUCCAGCUGCUGUACACACACAAAAAACUGAAGCAGGAAAGCAAGUCGUGACAGUUGAUCUUCCAGUCAACCAACAAGAUAUAGAUGCCAACUACAAUAUGUUUCUCAAGGAACUCAAGCCUAAACCAGACGAUACUGCUCAGCGGCGCAGAAAACAAAACCGAAACAUGCUGGACCAAGAGGAUUAUUUCAGAGCAUACCGUACAAAAGUUGUUUUGUUUUGGCUAUUGUCUAAUGUGGCGAUUUUGGCCGUGUUUACUACUUCACAGAUUGCUAUUCAGAUUGGGAUUGAUACGACCAAUCCAAAAUCAUUUAACCCGUUCUUGACUUUUAUUUUGUGGAGCGUGGCAGGACUUUCCAUGAUUCGUUUCAUUGGAAGUAUGGCAUAUAUUUGUUGUCAAAACCGACGAUGGUAAACUAAAAACUGGUAUGAAGCCAAAAACAAUUUUAGAUUUUACUAGCACAUUCAAGUAAAAAGGAAACACCGAAAACAAUCAUUUCUAUAGUGGUUUGGCAUGUCUAAUUCUUAAACUCUUGCGCACGGAUGGAUUCAAAUCGCCUUUAGUAUUCAAAUCGACCUCGGCGACAGUAUUGUCCUGUUGAGUUGACUCUUGUUUUUGGAUCAAUGAAGAUUUUCGCUUCUAGAUUACAGUUUUAGAUACAAAAGAAACAAGUCGGUCAGGUUUACAGAUGAAUGAACAAGUAAAUUUAAAAAUUAAUAAACUGGCCAAGCAACACU